CUCUAAUCCCGGCCUGACCUUCCCCUUCUUCCCCCUGCAACCAUGCUCAGUGAUGGCUACUGGCGGCAUCCUCAUCGAGACUAGGGCUGUCCUGACUGGCGUAGGGGCCCCGUGUGUGCGGCGAUGCUACGCUGGUGUCAGCGGGAAGCCUAAAUCUGUCACGCACUCCUGCCGCACUUUUACGGCUUCCGCUCAGGCCUGCCUUCCGAAAGCUCCUCAACUGGCGCAACCCACAUCGACGUGGAAUCCCAUCAGAGGCAAAGUUCGCUCGAGCUAUGGCGUAACCAGGGUUCCCAAGGACAGCUUCAGCAAGCGCAUCGCCCACAAGCUUAGCUUACCCAGGUUCAAAGCUCGGUCGGGUGAUGUUCGGAUCCUUCAGACUCCCGCUGCAUUUUACGACGAGGUACGCGCCAUCAUCGGCAGAGCAGAAGAGAGGAUAUAUUUUUCCAGCUUGUACAUAGGCAAGGGUGAGACUGAGCUGAUCGACUGCAUACGACAGGCGCUGCGCAAGAAGCCAUACUUGAAGGUUCUGCUUCUCGCUGACGCUCUGAGGUCGACGCGAGAAGGACCACUCACAGAGGCCAACGGCAAGAUCAAUGGUUCAGGUGCCUCGCUCCUGGCAGCCUUGGUCCGUGAUUUUCCGCAUCAGGUUGACGUGCGACUUUACAGGACGCCGGGCUUGCCAGUGUGGCUGGAGAAGGUCAUUGGCAAGAGACUAGUAGAAGGAGCGGGUUUGCAGCAUAUGAAGAUCUACGGAGGGGACGACGAAGUCAUCAUCAGUGGAGCCAAUCUGUCCAACGACUACUUCACAAAUCGGCAAGAUCGCUACGUUCAUGUCCAACGGCAUCGCCUGCUGAGUAAUUAUCUGCACUCUCUGGUUCUGCUCACGUCUCGGUUCAGCUACAACCUCAAGGCUUCAGCAGCUGCAAGCUCUUCUCUGACACAUCAUGCCCCAUAUGACUUACAUUGGGACGAUGGAAGCGAUCUCUUGCUCUCGGAGGACGAGGACGGCAACGUCACAGAGGAAGCUUCACUGUCAAUUGCCCCCAAGAAAAGCAAGGAGUACGCCUUUGCGGAGACCGCAGGUGUGGCACUAAGAGAGUUCACAGAUCGCUGGCGCAUCCACACCGAGGCUGCAAAGAAGCGGAGGGCUCAAGAUGAACGCGCCGACGAUGAAGUCGACACAUUCAUUGUGCCGGUCAUACAAAUGGGUCCAAUGGCAAUCAGGCAGGAGACGGACGCCAUGCCUCUCCUGUUUGAAGCCAUCGAGCAGCAAGAGGCACCAAUCCAAGAGACGCUCCCCGCAGCAGUGAAGAAGGGCCGGUUACCCGCACCGAGAGCGACAAUAGACUUCACCUCUGGCUACUUUAGUCUGUACCCUCUGUACAAAUCACUCAUCCUCAAGGCGCCAACUUCGAUCAGGACUAGGAUCAUUACUGCUGCUCCCAUCUCCAAUGGAUUCUUUGGGAGCAAAGGCAUCAGUCGUCACCUACCACCUGCAUAUACCUGGCUAGAAUCCAAGUUCUGGGAUGCGGUCAAGCGAGAGGGCAAAAAGAAGUCGAUUGAGAUUCGAGAGUGGGAAAGGGAUGGAUGGACAUACCAUUCCAAGGGUGUCUGGCAUACAAGUUCGACUCAGUCUGCGCCCACCUUGACUCUCAUUGGCUCCUCUAAUUUCGGCUCACGUUCAGCCCUGCGAGACCUCGAGUGUACUCUGCUGAUUGAGACGGCCCCCUCGAGCUCCUUGUCUCGUUCCCUCAAGAAGGAGAUCGAUGCUUUGAGGGAGCAUGCUACCGUCCCAGUCAAUACCGAGCUAUUUAGGCGGGAGGACAGAAAGGUCCACUGGGGCGUCAAGUUGGCUACUGAGCUCAUCAAGGGAAGACUUUAGGUUUAGCAAAUAUACUAUUAUUUCUGGCAGUGGGUCUGUCCGACGUGAGGCUUGUGCCAGGUCGUGCAAUCUGUUUUAAAGACAUGUGCUGCUG